GGUAGUAUAUAAUUGUUGUAUUGUUGUUGUUAAUCUUGUUGUUUUUUGAUAAUUUGCACGCGUCUGCGGCGUAUAGUGCAUGGUGUUGUGACAAGCGCGCGCGCUCGCGCGGUCUUGGUGUCCGCCGAAAGAAGCAGCCAGGGGAGGGAGGAGGGUGAAAACGGUGGUGGACGUCGCCGAUGGCGUCGUCGAAAAACGGCAGCAACGCGUCAGCAACGACAACGAUAACAACGCCGUCACCGGCAGCGAAUUCGACAGCCGCCGCAAUGUCAUCCACCACCAUACCAACGAAUCGACCUCAACGAUCGUAUAAUACCAGAUCGUCAACGGUCAGCGUCACCCAACUGUUGAGCGACUCGUGUUCCAGUUUCUUGAAUCGUAUCGCCAGCCGAGUACGAGGUCCGUCGAUGAACCUGGAAUCUGCCGCUGCCCGAAGUAGACGAUCGAAAGGACCCAAUAGUAGCAGCGGAGGUUCUGCCAGAGAAAAAAAUACGUCGUUGAGUCACAAUACGACUGCAGCGGCGACGACCGCCGGAUCAACAGCAUCUGGCACCUAUACCCCUAGACAUAGCGUAUCGCACAAUGAUCUGUCACCCAGACAGGCCGGUGCUCACAGUCGUCAUACCGAUUCGAGGAAACUCGACCAUAGCUAUUGGCCUCGUAGUAGCCGAGAAGAUGUACGUGAUGCUAAAAGAAGCUGGCUAGUGGUACCAGAGUCGAAAUCUUCGAAUUCAGUCAACUCCAGUUCUAGUCGAACUGCACCCGAUGCUGUGAAACACCGGCGCGAUCCUCUCGAUUGGAAAUACAGGAGUUUCGCUGCCGCCUCCUCCUCAGGACCAGAUUACUACGGUAAGACGAACAGCAACAGCAGCAGCAGCCGAUCUAUCUACGGUGACGGUGACCUUUGCAGUUCGGCUUCGGUAUCGGAUAUGCGGAGCGGAAGCGGUAAAACGUCGAAUCCGGCCUAUUACCUCGGAUCGACCAGAUCACGACUCGAAGAUAAAUACUACGAUAAGUUGUACUCGAAUAGUAACGCAUCCAGCAGCAGCAGCUACGUAGCUUACAAGCAACGACCACUGACUAAAAGUGCCACCAGCGUGAUUCUAUCCGAAAAAGCGUAUCCUUACGUAUCGACUGCUGCGUCAGCUCAUAACGCAGCCGCCGCCGCCGCUGCUGCCAGACGCGGUAAAACCAGAGACACGACAACGACGACGACGCCGUAUCGCGAAACCGUCGAUAAAUCCGGCGCUCGAUCGGAACACAGGCAUAAAUCGUCGAGUCGUCGAGAAACGGUGCUGUAUACGUUUAAACCGCUCCGAGGAGAGGAUCGAAAUCAAUCGAGGCAUAGACUGCAGAGCUCGUCGUCGUGUAAAGAUUUCUCUAAACUGAGAGCCGAUAGUCCGCACGUAUCGUCGGUACAGCGUAGUCCGGCCGCCGCAGCUCAUACGUCCAAAAGUGAGAAACGUUCGGUUGAUAAAACUUCAACGUUCAAACCAGUUACCCCUUCGAUACCGACUAUCGCGGUCGAUUGUGACGGAUCUUCAACGACGACCGGCGACACCGUUGCUACUGCUGUUCCUCCGGCUGCCGCCGCCAAAUCGAAGACAGCUGCAUCAGCCAAUACUCUGGCUCCUGAAAAUGGAAAAACCCUGAAUACGGAAAGGGUAUCGUCGAGCGAAACAUCCGAUCGCGAGAUUAAACGUAAAGAGAUUCAAGCUCUAAUUGAAAAAUACGCCGGUUUAGACGAACAAACCACUUCCCAAGAGUUACCAAGUGCUCUAGUCAAAUGUCAAAAAAAGUAUUCGGCUGUGCUUUCCAAUACGACCGGACCGGCUGGUCUGGUCGAUAUUCAUCUCUCGUCUGUUGCCGUUGCCGCCGCAAAGGCCAGUUCAAGAGCGCCUACAUUCGAAGACGAUGAAGAUGGUCAUUUGAUUUAUCAGAACGGAGACGUCUUACUCGAUAGAUAUAAAAUUACUGUUACGUUGGGUGAAGGCACCUUCGGUAAAGUGGCUUGUAUAAAGGAUUUAGAAAAAGACGAAACGGUAGCUUUGAAAAUAAUUAAAAAUGUCGAAAAAUACAGAGAAACUGCCAAGCUCGAGAUUAACGCUUUGGAAAAAAUUAUGCAACUGGAUCCGGAUGGACGACAUCUAUGCGUCAAAAUGUUAGAUUGGUUCGAUUACCGAGGGCAUAUGUGCAUCGCGUUUGAAUUAUUAGGAUUAAGUGUUUUUGAUUUUUUGAAAAAUAAUAAUUAUCAACCGUACACUAUAGAUCAAGUUCGCCAUAUUUCGUAUCAGCUGUGUUACGCCGUUAAGUUCCUGCAUGAUAAUAAAUUAACGCAUACCGAUUUGAAACCGGAAAAUAUUCUAUUUGUCGAUUCUAGUUACGAUGUUCAAUACGAUUCGAAAAAAAAAAAGAACGUACGACGUAUUAAAAAUACCGAAGUUAGAUUAAUAGAUUUUGGAAGCGCUACUUUUGAUCACGAACAUCAUAGCACUAUCGUGUCGACGAGGCAUUAUCGUGCUCCAGAAGUUAUUUUAGAAAUAGGAUGGGCUCAGCCAUGCGACGUAUGGUCGAUCGGAUGUAUUAUAUUUGAACUAUAUUUAGGUAUAACGUUAUUCCAGACACACGAUAAUCGCGAACAUUUGGCUAUGAUGGAAAGAAUAUUAGGAACUAUUCCAUACAGAAUGGCCAAGAAAACGAAAACCAAAUAUUUCUAUCAUGGUAAAUUAGAAUGGGACGAAAAAAGUAAUGCUGGACGAUAUGUUCGUGAAAAUUGUAAACCACUUCAUAGGUAUCAAAAUUGUGACGACGAAGACCAUCGUUUAUUAUUUGACCUUAUCGCUUUAAUGUUAGAAUACGAACCAAGCAAACGUAUCACAUUGGGCGAAGCUCUACGACAUCCGUUUUUUAACAAAAUACCAAACCAGCAACGAUUGGAGACGUACGAAAGAAGUCACUCGUUAUCGAGAUGAGAACGAUUUAAACCGCCGUAUUGAUGAGAAUUGGAUCAAUAUGGAGGUUGCGAUGUACCAUUCGUUAAUUAUACUGAUGAUAUUCGUAUUGUUUAAAUGCAUCGAAACGAAUUUAACGGCUUUAUUGCGUUAUCAUCGGAGCACCGGCUAAAAAUUUUCUCAUGUUGCCUAUAUUUUUCUUUCUAGCAUUUCCACAAUGACAUUAUUAUGUGUGACUUUGUAAAUGAUUGUAUAUGUAUCGUACUGCGAAAGAUUUGAUUUAUUAUCGUUAUUAUUGUAUCUCGAAGUGUUUUUUUUUCUUUUUUGUUUUUUUGUAUUAUGUAAACUGCGUACGUUACGCGUUGAUGUCCGUGUGUGUGGUACCUAUGUGAAAUAGGUAAAUAAUGAUGUAAAAAAUGCUCGCAAACGACAGAAAGAAACGUGUUGUGAGUGUAAAUUUUCAAAGUGAUUUUGUUCAAUGGUCGUGUUUGUAAUGAUGAUGUUAAAUUUUAAGAGUAUUUUUAAUUUAUUUUGUACAUAUAUAUACAUACACAAAUUUACAAUAGAAGUGUAAUUUUAAUAAAAUUUUCAUUAUGUUGACGAAUAAUAA